GACCCCAGCCGCCGGGUGCGCUACUUCGACCCCCUCCGCAACGAAUACUUCUUUGACCGGAACCGGCCUAGCUUCGAUGCCAUCCUCUACUACUACCAGUCUGGAGGGCGGCUCCGCCGGCCAGUCCAUGUGCCCCUGGACAUCUUCCUGGAGGAGAUCCGCUUCUACCAGCUGGGCCAGGAGGCCAUCGAGACCUUCCGGGAGGACGAGGGCUUCAUCCAAGAGGAGGAGAAGCCUCUGCCGCAGCAUCACUUCCAGCGCCAGGUCUGGCUUCUCUUUGAGUACCCUGAGAGCUCGGGGCCAGCCCGGGCCAUUGCCAUCGUCUCUGUGCUGGUGAUCCUCAUUUCCAUUGUCAUCUUCUGCCUGGAGACCCUGCCUGAGUUUCGCCAGGAACCCAAGGGAACCCAGCCUGGCUUUGGGGAGGCAGCGCUGCCAGGCGGUGAUGCGCUGAUCCUGCCACCACUGCCGCCACCAAGUGGGACCCCGCCACCCCUGCACCCUGCUGCUGGUGCCGGCCCCUUCUUCACCGACCCCUUCUUCCUCAUUGAGACCCUGUGCAUCAUUUGGUUCUCCUUUGAGCUCCUUGUCCGCUUCUUUGCCUGCCCCAGCAAGCCUGAGUUCUCCCGCAACAUCAUGAACAUCAUCGACAUUGUGGCCAUCAUCCCCUACUUCAUCACCCUGGGUACUGAGCUGGCCCAACAGCAGCAGCAGAAGCAGCAGCCUGGAAGCAGCAGCAACGGGGGCCAGCAACAAGCCAUGUCCUUGGCCAUCCUCAGGGUCAUCCGCCUGGUCAGGGUCUUCAGGAUCUUCAAGCUCUCCAGGCACUCCAAGGGGCUGCAGAUCUUGGGGAAGACUCUCCAGGCCAGCAUGAGGGAGCUGGGCCUCCUCAUUUUCUUCCUCUUCAUUGGGGUCAUCCUCUUCUCCAGCGCUGUCUACUUUGCAGAGACUGAUGACCCUGACUCCCUGUUCACCAGCAUCCCUGAUGCUUUUUGGUGGGCGGUGGUGUCCAUGACCACUGUGGGCUAUGGAGAUAUGUAUCCCAUGACAAUUGGUGGCAAGAUCGUGGGUUCCUUGUGUGCCAUUGCCGGCGUGCUCACUAUUGCCCUACCUGUCCCUGUCAUCGUGUCCAACUUCAACUACUUCUACCACCGAGAGACUGAUCAUGAAGAGCAGUGCCAGUACACCCAUGUCACCUGUGGUCAGCAGCAGUCCCCCUUCUCUGAGCCCAGGAAGGGGGAUAGUAAUCAGUCUCUCAGCAAAUCUGAAUUCCUGGAAGCAGAAGACCUGGAGUCCAUGAAAUAUUCCAACUUCAUUCCUCCCAACAACCAGGGUUAUAAAGAGAAGAAAAUGCUGACAGAGGUGUGAUUAGUUUUGUUUUCUGGGGUCCAGACACAGAGCGGCAAGCUGCUGCACAGCCGUCUUCCCACUAGCAGCUGGAUCUAUUCAGCAUUUACAUGCCAGACUGUGAAUUGUGAUACCGUAAACAGAAUGAUUGUGAUAACGGGCUCUCCUGUCCUGAUUUGCUGUUUCUUAUUACCUUGUGCAAUCGGAAAUGUUCUUGCUUUAUUCUGUGGAGCGCUAGCUGUCAUCUCCCACUUCCUCAUGGAUUUCUCUUUUUCUGAAGACUGCUUUAAUCAAAUAUUAACUCCGAAGGCUAGACUUUCUAGUCCACUGGCAAAGAAGAAGCCCUUGACACAACUUCAGCUGAAGGAUUAGGCACAGAAUAAACAGUUAAAAGGGCUACAAGCAUCUGGCUCAAGCUCUGACCUUAGUUCCUGUGCCAGUGCAGUGCCCUUGGCUGCAGGAUCAGUCACGCCUGUCAUGCCAUUGCCUUUGAAUAAUGGAAACGCUGUAGCCAGCCUCACAGUGAAUUCUGCAGCUAUAGGGGAAAGUCAGCAAAGGCCUUCUUCCUUUGCAACCCUUGGCAUGCUAAAAAUCAUGUGAGUUUGUUUUGAAAAAGGUGCAUAGAUCUAAAAUUUCUUAGCUACUUGUGAUCAGAUUUCAAAAGCAGGCUUAAAAAAAAUCAACAGACUUCAUGAUGAUUCUCUGUGUUUUAAGCUUAUUUCAGCCUUAUUUAUGCCAGAGCCCUGAAGUUAAUUGGCUUUUAUAAUACCAACUUAAUCUUCAUAGUGGUAAGUGGCUUCUGAUGCAAGACACAUUUGAGAAAAAUCAUUUGUUAUCGCCAUAGUUUAUCUCCACACAAUAGUGUUUAAUGUGAUGUACUUAAUGCUUCAAGUAUCCAGUUCUGUAUUCAGAUGUGUGAGAGCAAUUGACUCCACUGGGUUUUUACUGGAAGGUUUAUAUAGCUGAGGGAAGUUUGCAUGUUGGUGUAAUUCUGUUGCUGAAACACCUCAACUGUAGACAGCUGCACCUGCGCUAACUGAAGAUUGCACUGGGGUAACUGGCUGCAGGCAUAAAUUGCCCCAGGAUAAGCACGUAAGCAUUAGAGAUAUACAUCAGCACUGAACAAACUUUCCAAAGCCAUCUGCACAAGCCUAACAGCAUAUCCCAGAUCUUUCAAAUGAGAGGAGAAAAGAGCUAACCUUGAUGAGAUGCUUUUGUUUGAUCUAGCCAGUUCUGUAUAUUUCUUAAACAAAAGGCACAACAAUGUCUUUUGCAUACAGUAGAUCUUUAUGGGAACAACUUAUGCUAGCAAUGCAAAAUGCAUACCCUGGUCUGAAGUGUGGGGCUUGUCAAGCGGCCAGAGAUAUGCAUCUUAAGAUGCAUAUUCUGCUUCCCAGAUCAUUCCAUUCUUUAAUCAGCUUUGCCUUAUUCCUGAAUGUAAGAUGUCUCAGAUUCUGCCAGUGGGUGAGAAGGGGAAACAGAUGCUUUCAGAUUCCAUUGAUAAAUUUUACUGCAAGGAAAUGCCUUUUUUUGUUCUUUAUCUAAAUGUAUUUUCUGCAUUCACAUACGUGCAUGUGUAUAAAAGCAAAGGCAGCCAUUAAUGCCUUGCAUCGUACUAUAUAUGUGUAUUAGAUUGUAUUACAUAUUGCAUGUGACACAUGUAAUACAUAAAAUAGACACAAUGUCAAGAUGCAAAAUAUAUAGAAUAUGUUUUAUGUAUAUGUAUAUGUUAUGCCUUUCAACCAUACGGCUAAGAAUACUAAAGGCAUGUCAUUUCAUAUAGUCAGAACUGGCAGGGUUAUGAGAUGAGAUCUCUUUGCAUCUUUGUUACCCUGCUUGUUUUUUGUUGCUUUGAGAUCUGGCUCUAAGCCUUGAGUGCUUUUACUGUGGCUCUCCUCAUCUGGGCCCUGAUCAUAUGGUAGAAGUUGUUUGUGCAGAUCCUAACUGCUGCAUUUCUCCAGAGUCCCAUUGUCUUCUCAAAGGCUUUUGGAUGCACGGGGAUUUCCCUUGGGGUCAGUGCAAAACCAUUAUUUUGAAACCUUUAUUUUCUGUCUCGCUGAAGUCAGUAGCAAAAUCCCAUUUGUCUUAGUUACUGGAGGACAGUCUGGGAGACCCACAAGUGGGAUGUGGUGAGGGCUCUGAACUGGCAGGAGUUUACCUGAAUAAAGACCAGCAGAAUGUAACUUCCAGGGCCAUCUCCGCAGAGGUACAUAAGGGCCCAAUUCCUCUUUGGUUCAUUGGGACUGAGGCAAAUGUCUGGGAGAGUCCGAACCUCAGGAUUCAUUCUGCAGCCCUUAAAGCAUGUAACCAACCUCUGGGUAAGUAAUCCUAGUAAAUCAGUGGGUCUCAGGAAGGAUCUGCAAAGUGGGAUGUCUGGUGAUUUUGUGUAAAAAGUUGUCUUGGUCUCUCAGUUAAUUUGAUAAAAAGCUAUUGCUUUUAGAUGUGUUUCAGGUUCACGGUAACAAAAUCUUUUUAUGUGCAAGAGAGUGAAUUUUCUUCAAAUUUUAUGUGGUUGUAGCAAAAGAACCUGCUGUUUAAGAUAUUCUCUUCCUAGAGGUAUGUCAAGACUCCUGCUAUCUCCUAGCAGAAUGCCCAUGUUUGGGUUAUUUUAUUCUUGAGCAUAUCAGCUGAUAAAAGUUUCCCUAAAGUAAGAUAUAAAAAACUCAGGUUAAGCACAAGUUCAGGAGGGGGCAUGAGGCACACUGAACCUACGUCAGAAAAUUCCUGUGCUUGUUUUUUCCCUUGGGCCUGACCCCAUUACCCCUGCCAGGCAGAAUCCUUCCUUUCUAAGAAAAGGUUGUUCUCCUGACCAGCAUGACAAACGACGAAAGAUGUGAGAUAACUUAUUGGUAGCAUAAUCACAGCAUCUCUUGUAAAGAUGCUCUUGUAAAGAGAUCUCCUGCUCUCAGGUGAAUUCAGCAGUAGGAUUCUAGCUGGAGUGUUUGUGGCUUUUAAGAGUCUCUACACAUACACAUGCACACACACAAUACUGGUGUGAAGGAACUUUAUUACAAACAGGCAGAUUUGUGCAGUUUUUUCAAUCCACAUUUUUCAGCACUGAAUUGAGAAUGUGUAAAACAGGAGUAAAAGUUUGUUCCUUGGGGUUUCUGUGUUAGAGCUAAGAGAAAUACAAAAAGCAAACAGAAGCUUAGAAAUGCUAACCUUCCAUUUAGACAUGUAAAUCCCUCUCUAAACAUUUCCUGAAAAGCAGGAGAGUGAAGUCCCAUGGUCUUCAAUAAUACUGGAGACUACUGCAGUUCUGGAAUUUGGCAUUUUUAUUGGGGAGACUUCAGUUUUUUUUUUUUUAAUGGCUGAGGUGAUCUAGGAGCACACGUCAUUGACUUUACAUAGGAAUGGUGUCCUCAAAUCACACAGGUGCUUUCAAAAAUCUCACCUCACAUUAUCAGCUCUUAGCACUCACUUCUGGAUGUUUGAAAUACAGAACUGUCUAUCUGUCAAGCUAUUUCCUCCUUAAGGCAGAUCAAGUCUUUGUGAAGCAAAGUAGGCAUCUCUUGGGACUUGUUUCCAUAACAACCUCCCAGACUGUUUCUCUGUACCUUGUGACUUUGGCUACAAGCAAAAGCACUCACUGAAUAUUUCCAGUUCUCAGAUACGAGUAGUCCGUAGCUGUUUUCUUUGCUUACUGAAGAAGAUCCCAUCACCUUGUAUCACGUACAACUGCCCUGUCCAGCUCAAGACUGACAGACUAUUACCAGCAUUGGAAAACAGACAUGCAAACCAGGAGAUGGGAAAGGAUUUUAUCUGCAUGUCCUUGCACAGAGACAGGUGGGGAGUGUGUGAAGGACUUCUGAGCACUCACAGUCAAGGAGCUGAGGGGACAACAGGCCUCUGAAUUUGGAGUCAUCUGGGUGCCCAGUGACCACGAACAUGAGCUAAAGCAUCUCAUUUAAAAAAAACCAAAAAACAGAAACUCUUUUUUCAACAAUCUCAUUAGGAAAUAAAGUCUUGCUGUGGAAGAGUUGUUUCCUGAACCCCUUGCUGUUGUUUUGUGACCAUCAGUUCCCCAGAUUGUUUCCCUGCAGAAUGUUAUGCACCAAAUUAGGACAGGGCAGAAAUCUUCUUGCAGGAGGUGGGGAAGGAAGGAAAGGAAGAAUUUUAUUGAGGAUGACUUUUUUUAUCCACAGCUCAUCACCCACAUAAAGGACUGUAAGUGUGAAAAGCAUGAAGAAUUGUUUUGUGAUCUUUUGAAGUCUACAUUACUGAUGGGUCCCUGCACUUACCUCCAAGAUGGAAUUUCUAGUCUGUUACUGUUUGGAAAAUGUUGACAUUUGGGAUUCUUGAGCAAUAUGCUGUUUGGCUCUGCUCCUUUUGCUCCAGCUUCCAUGAAUAAAGUUUCAUUGCUAUAUCAGCUGUGGAGGUGAAGGUGACUGGACUUAAUGUUCUCUGCAAGGACCAUCCAUUCAGUGUAUGAAUACCCCUAUGGAGAUAAAGAAGAGUGAGUAUAAAGGAAAUUCAGGGCAGCAAGAGGCAUGAUAAGAAUUUAAGUGUCUUCCAUACUGUGGUGGAAAGAGCAACGUCAUCCCUAAAAGCAAAGGAACAGACAGCUCCAGCAUCUGCUGCUGUAGCAGAAGUAGGUCCUGUUAACAUCAGGGAAACAUCUGCAGAUUACAGCAAGAGUUAACCACAGCUUUCCCAAAAGCUCUCAUCUGAGAUGAGUCCAACUUGAUGGCAUCCAUUUUCAGGAAGCAGAUGCUGCCCUCCUUUACACUGGUGUAAUUCUGGAAUAACUCUACUGACGUCAGUGAAGUGACUCCAAAUUUAUCCCUGGUGAAAGCAGAAGUGGAUCACAAUCUUUUUGUGUGCUUAUCUGGUACCGUGCUCUGAGGAAGGCACACCAUCACUAUACCAUAAAGGGAAAGCUGGAAUCUGGAUCCUGCAAGGCUGUCAUGUUGGGAUGCUGCAAAAGGCAUUGCUGCAUCUACUUGUUGUAGAGUUGUUGAAGUUUCCCUCUGUGCAGGGAAUGCAGCAGUUACGAACAGGAAACUAUUUUCCUUGCUUAGUGGUUUUCUUGUUACAGUUUUUAAGUGGGUUAACACUCUUAUUUCCAGGAAACUCAAACUAGAUUUGAACAGGGGUUAGAGGGAGGACGGAGGGAGAUUUAAGUGUGUAUGGUGUCUGAAAAAAUUAAACUAAAUAGUUUCCAGUGAUUAAAUAGCAGCAAGUUCAUCAAAAGCUCCAGUUAAGCCUUGGAGUCCUAUGGUAAGCUGCAAAUGAACACAGGGCACCUCCAAAAGACAUUGUUAGUGGCAUCUAUUUUAAACCUUCUUUCAAGUGGAAGAUCCAGGCCUGGCAAAUGCAAAACAUCAGCCCUUAGAAGAGCAAAUGACUUUCUCUAGAGAACUGAACAAUUGGCCAAAGUCUGUCCGUCUGUCUUCCUCUCUCUCUGCUCUGGAUUGCUGUGCUUUUAUAAACUGUGUUUUCGUAACUCAGAUAAAUGGUAGGAGUUUAACAGAACCCUACAAGUAAUAACCAUCCUAUUCAUGCUUAAUAUCUGUAAUAUCUAAGGGGUGGGCCCAAACUAGAGGUAUUUCUGUUUUCUCUGUGAAGCGUGUUGCUUUAACGUAUGUAUAGCCAAUUCUUGUUGUGAACAUGUGAAUCCAUUGCCUGUUUUAGAGGAGGCAGCAAUUUAGUUUCAGUAGCUGCAGAGAGUUUCACUGAAAUAGUGUUACUGAUUGCCUUUUGUGUGAUUUAGAAGGCACAUUAGCCAGAUAGUUCUGAAAGUGUGAUAUAAUUAUAUGCAGCGUUCAUGGGAAAUGCUCUGAAGUCUUCUCCCAUUGUGAUAAAAACUUUUAUCGCUCUUCGAGCUCCAUGAGUGUGUGCUGUGUGCUGUGCUGAAUUUGAUAGAAAACUCAGUUAUUACUGAACAGUGAGGGGUAGAGACAGAUCCUCUGACCUAGAUUCCCCCGCCUUUGACAGUGGCAAGUCACCUGUGCAUCCAAAGGUUAAUGACCAACUGAGUGUGUUGUCAGCUCUCCACCUAGGUGGGUGGGAGUGGAUAAAAGAGUAUUGAUUGUGGGAGGGGAGACUAGAUGGAAUAGUUAAGUAAAGGGGAUUCUAGGCAUCAUGGCUGGGAUCUUCAGUGGGUGCUCUGAUGGAUUCUGGCCAUCUGAUUUCCCUAGGACACUUUGUCAAUAACACCCUCUACAUUUUCCUGAGGGACUUCUAGCCUGUCUAACGGUCAUCACUGUUCAUAUGUGAGGGAAAAGAGGCAGAGGGUGGCUUACUUUAAAGUGACAACUCUUGGUGCCUGUAAGAGUCUAGGGCUGUAAUACUUCCCCACGACUGCUGGCUGACGGUCUGAUCCUCUCAUGAUCUGAGUCCUCCUGAUUCUGCGUGUCUUGAUCUGUGUGGCAAGGCCAUGUGGCUGACAUGGGGCAGUUAGAGCUAUCAUGGACCUUUUCUGCAAGGGUGGGUAGUAUUCAGAGCCAACCUAAGCGCAGGAUGCCUUUAGAAAGGCUUGAAAAUGCUGCGGCAGUGUGUGAGUACCCUUCAGAUGCAGGAUACACAGGUCAGACUGUGCUGUGUGCCGGUACAAACAGCAGGGAUAUUAGUUACAGAGCCCUUUGCUUUUGAGGUGAAACUUUGCUUGUAUUCAUUGUUUCAAGGAAAGCAGUUGGGAUUUGAAGACCAGAUCAUGUGAUGAUAUAACUAAUUCCAACUCUCUUAUUAGAGCUAGGCUGAUUUCCACAAGUCUGGCCCAACAUUUCUGAGAAAUUGUGGAUGACAGUUUUUUGUUUGUUUAUUUGUUUGUUGCAUUGAAAAGCUGAAGCCUUUCAAAUAUGUGUGUGUGAGGUAAACAGGAUUUGUACAUGGACCAUUGAAAGUGCAACACUUCAGGCUGUAUUCUGGAUUAAAAUUCUGGAAAUGUGAGUUUUUGUAGAGAAUCCCACGUGUAGUGGGAGAAGAGCAUUUUGAGUUACUUGACCAAGGGGAUGGGACUCAGCAGUAGUUGUCCCUAUUGGUGAUGCCAUAAUACGUGCUUGACUCAAAUACAACUUUGCACAGGCCAGAUCCUGAAGAACCCACGUAAAUAGAUAUUUGUGGUUGUUCGUACUGGUGUGUCCACUGUUAAGUAGGCUGGACAUGUGAAUAAAACUAAUAUUUUUUAAAGUGUAA